AUGAGCAUUAAAGAAAGGCCGUCAUGGCAAGAUCUCGCCCAGCAAGUUCAAGCGGUCCGCGACCGUUCCAUUGCUCAAAUUGAGCUGGUCGUCCCUGUGCUACCCGAGACGCUUCCAAUCAGGGUUAUUGAUAUUCCUAGACAGCAUCUGACGCCAUUAGAGCUUGUUAUCACGGAGAGCCAUUCCGAGGCUCUUGUGGAAUCACUCGCAGCAGGAAACUUGACGGCGUCUUCCGUGACAAAGGCAUUUCUUCGACGUGCGGCAAUUGCCAGAGGCUGCUGUAUCUACGAGCUUUUGCCCGAUCGAGCCAUUUCGCAGGCCAGAAAUCUCGAUUGUUAUUCUGCAAAACAUGGGAAGCCCUUUGGCCCUCUGCACGGGCUUCCUAUCAGCGUCAAGGCACACAUAGGGCUUGAAGGACGAGAUAGUUCUGCAGGCUUUGUCGGCUGGAUAGGACGCAAGAGUGCAGAAGAUGCGAACGUGGUGAAGAUCCUCCUGAAGGCGGGUGCGGUGAUUUAUGCAAGGACAACCGAACCGCAGGGACUGGUAAGCGACCAUCUUUCUGUACCAAGAUCUGGAAGUGGGAGCAUUCGUUCUCCUGUUGCGAAUUGUGGUCUCUAUGGCCUCAAGCCAUCAACCGGCCGAGUGCCGGUCAUUGGCAUAUCGGCAUAUGCUAUCGGUUGUGAAACUAUUUUGGGAGUAAUCGGACCUAUGUCGUCGACUCUUGGAUGUAUCAAUCUUUUCAUGAAGACUCUUCAUCCAAUUUCCUGGCAAAAUCACGAAUCCCAUAUUCAUCAGAGUGGGAAAAGCUUGACUGUUGGAGUGAUGUGGAGUGACGGGAUAUGCCGAGGUCUGAAGGAGGUUGUUGAGCGAUUAAAAUUGGUCUCUGGCAUUGCAAUCAUCGAGUGGAAGGCAUUCUGGCAAGAAGAAGCUCUCGAAAUUCUAACCAAGCUCUAUAUUCCAGAUGGUGGUGAGUCAUUCAAGGCCCAUCUUGAGCUCUCUGGCGAACCCUAUACACCACUCACAGCCUGGGCCGUGCGCGAUGCCCCUGGUAUUGAGAAGCUCAGUCUCGAGGGCGUGUGGGACUGGACUUCCAGGUGUGAAGCCUUUCGCUACACCUACUUCCAAGAAUGGAAUUCGGUCGCUCCAGACAUGGACGUCAUUUUGUGCCCGGCGUACCCAACACCUGCACCUCUGCAUGAUACCUCCCGAUAUUGGGGUGUCGUGUUCUCGGUUACCAAGGUUGACACGGAAAGAGACGCCAGAGACGUCACGUAUAUACCUCAGAACGAAUUCGACAGCUGGUGUUAUGAAAAUUACAAUCCUCAGAAGCAAAAGAAAGUGCCAAAUUCCUUGCAGCUGGUUGCAAAGCGGUUGGAAGAUGAGAAACUUCUGCAAGCCUUGAAGGAGAUCAAGGAGAAGCUCGGGUUGCCCUUCGUGGACUGUCUAGCCUGAUCAGAAGCCGCCAAUAGUUCAGGGUUGAUCGUGGUCGUUUAAGAAUCGGAUACAACCUACUCAAGCCACUUCAAGACAGCUUGUAUACGUUCCCCACGCAGGGGAAACCUCGCGUGGGCUUUCAAAAACACAUGGUAGAUAGCCUUGGGGAGAGCCAAGGCAAACAUGUCGAAUGGUGGAAGGCAUUCCACCCUUAAUAGACUACACCUUCCCUGGGUAGGCAGACAGAAAGUGUAACACAUGACAUACUUGGGUUGGCUGGCCUGAUCGUUUUGUUGGUGGCUUGAGCGACAGGGGGCAUUGCAGCCAUCAUGGAGCAGUCGAUUUCGAGAAAUAUCGUCACUGAACAAGAGGAUAAAAUCCGCCAAAAUAUUACUCCAGAAGUCAGGUCAACCUAUUAGCACCCAUAGAUCGGGUUGCCUACAGAACUGCAGCGUAUGUCAGGUUCAGCAAUGAUCGCGAUAUGAAU